GGGGGGGGGGGGGCGCUGAGGCGAUUUCACUUGGCCCAUUUUCACAUAGAGCGUCGGCGGAAUGAAGUAUUUCAGAUCCACCGGAGCUCCACUAAAGCAACACCGCGGAUCAUUAUACAUCUCAUCGUAUAAAAUGGCAACCAGGAGGAACCGCUGGAGGAUGAUCGAAAGACGCAUUCGGGCCGCGCAGAGAUUGACCACCUGAUGGGCACCGGAGGGCGCGAGCAGGGACAGUUUGGGCUGCAGCUUGUUGACUUGGUGAUUUAUAAUCAACGAAUAGUCAGAGCGCCUGCGUAACCGCCUCUCACGUUUUCUUUAGGGGGACGAGGGAGAUGGGAAGGAGGGAGGAGGGAGAGGGGGGGGGGUGGGUGUUUUGUUUAUGGUAAUGAUGUCAUGAUCUACCUAAAACGGGAAGACAGGCUCAUCCAUGCCUCCUGUCACGUGCCAGUCACCACAUGGAGCGCGCUCAGCGUGGACUUAAUUGCGGCGUGCUUGUUGUCCUCGCGUUCUCACGCCCGCAGCUGAUUGGUCGAACCGGUUCAUGCCUCAUUUUGCGCCGAUCCGCAACUUUUAUCCGCUGGGGCCGCGUCCGCGUCGCCCCCGGGCGGUUCCCGUAGCGCUCGCUCAUUGACUGUUUGAGGAGAACAGACAUUUACAGAAAAUGGAGUUUGCCAUGGUGGGCGCGGACGGCGGGUGCAACAGUCACCUGCCUUACGGAUAUGCCCAAGCGCGGGCACGGGAAAGGGAGCGCCAGGCUGCCCAGUCGCGAGCAGCGACAGCGGCAGCGGCGGCUGAAGGUGGGUCCGGUGAGGAAGGAGGUUCCUCCUCCUCCUCCUCCUCCUCAUCCUCCUCCUCCUCCUCCAGCGCUCAUCUCCUUAACAACCGUCAGCCUCAGUCUCACGCCGCCUCCUCCGCGAACGCCAACAGCAGCAGCGGUACCGCCUCCUCCUCCUCCUCCUCCUCGCAGCAGCAGCAGGAGCCCGUGCAGCAGCAGCAGCACAGAGUUCUCAGAGAGCGGAAAAAGCAGCGCGGCGCCGGGCGGUGGAGACGCAGCCGGAACACUCUCGGCGGGGACCUGCGCCACUCGGAGCUGGCGCUGCUCGGAUCCGAGGAGGAAAUGAUGAUAGAGGAGGAGGAGGAUGAGGAGCCCGAUGAUGAGGUGGCGCGGGAGGAGGGGGGCCGCGGGAGCAAGAGGUCGAGUUUUCUGUGCGCCAUGGAUGACGAGGAGGAGACGGCCUCGCUCACGGACCGGCGCCCGCACUCCGGGUACGAGAACGCGUACAGCGAGUUCGUCUGCUGCGAGAGAGUCGUCAUCAACGUGUCGGGUCUGAAGUUUGAAACUCAGCUCAAGACCCUCGCGCAGUUCCCGGACACCCUCCUGGGGGACCCGGACAGGCGGAUCAGGUACUUCGACCCGCUGAGGAACGAGUACUUCUUCGACCGGAACCGGCCGAGCUUCGACGCCAUUCUCUACUAUUACCAGUCGGGCGGGCGGUUGAAAAGACCCGUGAACGUGCCGUUCGACAUCUUCUCCGAGGAGGUGAAGUUCUACGAACUCGGCGACGAGGCCAUCCUCAAGUUCCGGGAGGAUGAGGGUUUCGUGAAGGAGGAGGAGAAGCCUCUGCCCAAGGACGAGUUCAAGCGCCAGAUCUGGCUGCUCUUCGAGUACCCGGAGAGCUCGAGCCCCGCGAGGGGGAUCGCGGUGGUGUCCGUGCUGGUCAUCGUCAUUUCUAUCGUCAUUUUCUGCCUGGAGACGCUGCCGGAGUUCAGGGACGAAAAGGAGUACCUGCAGCCGCGGGUCAACUCCACGCAGCCGGACCACGGGUUCACUCCGUUCAACGACCCCUUCUUCCUCGUGGAGACGGUUUGCAUCAUCUGGUUCUCCUUCGAGUUUAUAGUCCGCUUCUACGCGUGCCCCAGCAAGGCGGAGUUCUUUAAAAACAUUAUGAACUCCAUAGACGUUGUGUCCAUUUUGCCUUAUUUCAUAACCCUCGGCACGGACCUGGCGCAGCACCAGGAGAACGGGCAACAGGCGAUGAGCUUCGCCAUCCUGAGAAUAAUCCGCCUCGUGCGGGUGUUCCGCAUCUUCAAGCUGUCCCGCCACUCCAAGGGGCUGCAGAUCCUGGGUCACACCUUGCGCGCCAGCAUGCGGGAGCUGGCCCUGCUCAUCUUCUUCCUGGUCAUCGGGGUGAUCCUGUUCUCCAGCGCGGUGUACUUCGCCGAGGCGGACGAGCCCACCUCGCAGUUCACGAGCAUCCCGGACGCCUUCUGGUGGGCCGUGGUGACCAUGACCACGGUGGGCUACGGCGACAUGAAGCCCAUCACCGUCGGCGGGAAGAUCGUGGGCUCGCUCUGCGCGAUCGCCGGCGUGCUGACCAUCGCGCUCCCGGUGCCGGUCAUAGUGUCCAACUUCAACUACUUCUACCACAGGGAGACCGACAACGAGGACCAGACGCCGCCGCCGGUGGUCGAGAGCCUCCCGCCGGGCUGCCCGUAUUUCCCGGACUUUUUACGGAAAUUUAGAGGCUCGCCCUCCGGCUCCUCGCUGGGCGACAAGGCGGAGUACAUGGAGAUGGAGGAAGGGGUGACGGAGUCGCUUUGCGGGCUGGACAAGAGUCCGAGUAAAGGGAACGGCACAGACAUAGGCAGGAGGAACAGUACGAACUCCAAAUCCAUUCAGACUGACGUGUGACCACGAGAGGUUCGUUUUUGCCCCCCCCCCCUUUUUUUUGUUCUUAACAAAUGAAAACGCCCCAUGAACAUCCCCAAGGUGGUCCAACCACAGGAUUUACGCACGCGUCUCACACCCGAACACGCACGCACAAAUCCAAGGCACACACCCACAGGGCACCAAUUGGCAGGUUACAUGUCCAUCUCACUCUGGUUUUCUCUCUCCACAAAGUUUAGGAACAAUUAGGAUCGAUAUUCGCCAUAAUGGGUGGAUUGAUUAGUCGACUAACCUCUGCAGGCUUUUGAUUCUGACAAAAAAAAAAAAACUCCAGACAAGACAGGCCAUGCAUUCGCACUUUAUCAGUUCCACCUGUCAAUAACAGAUAGAUGCAAUAAAGUUAAAAUACAAUAAUCUUUUGCACUAAUGUAGAAGUUGGCGCUGUGUUUGGCUGGUUUUUGGGUUACAGUUUCAGAGCCAGAAAGUGCAGGCCAUGGAAAUGGCACUAGUUUAGUCAUCCUCUGACCACUUAGCUGAAGAAUGUUGGAGGAACCUCUUUGGGGAGAGGAAAAUAACAAUAACCUCUCUCCGGCGCUGCCAAUAAAAAUUGGACUCCAAUAAAGGAAAAAGCCUGAGAUGAAUAACUUUUGCGAGGGAUCCAGCCGUAAAAAAAAAAGAAAAAAAAAUCCCAUUGAUGAAGACGCAGCGAUUGGCGGCCAUCAAAUAAACCGAAAGCUGUAAUUAUUUCUGACAUCUACACAAAUACCCUUGUUUCUCUUUUUCCAACACAAACAGCCUCGUGUCGUCGAGUCGCUGUGAGAGCUAAGCACAGGAAACAGCGGAACAAAUACAUGGCUGGAUAAAUUACUUUGCCCCCCCC